GUUUUUAUGCUGCUUGGAGGACUUGAGCGUCAAGGCUUUGCAAGUCCAAAGGUGGUUCGACUUUUCCAACGGUGCCAUCCGGAGUGACCGCUGUCUCUUUGCACGUUUUCACGACAAGCCAUGUCUAACGACAAAUGGGACCCGAAUGCUGUCAAGUACCAACUACGACUCACUGGACAGCGACUUGGCCAACUUCAGGAAAGAAAUGACUCCAAAUCCAGCAUUACUCGACGGGAUAUUUCCACUUUAUUGCAGCAAGGAGACAUCGUUCUCGCCCGGGCAAAGGCACAAAAGCUUAUCGAAGAGGAUGCCGCGGGUGAUGUGCUUGAGAUGCUAGCAAUGUAUUCGGGCCUUUUGUUGGAGCAUUUUCAUGAAUUGGAACACAACAAUUCACCAAGUCCAGUCGUAGUCGAAGCUGCUUCGACCAUCAUCUUCUCUGCGCCAUACGUGGAUUCCAAAGAUAUUCAUUUGGUUCGAGAUUUCCUUGUUCAACGUCUAGGUCACGAUUUUGCACGCUCCGCUACGAACAAUCGCGAUAAUUACGUGUCGCCUCGUGUUUUGAAGUCUCUUUCCUCUCCACCGCCAACCUCAGCAAACCUUGAUAUGUACCUAACGACAAUUGCUAAAAUGUUUGGCGUUGCGUGGACGCCAGAACCUCUCAGGCAGGAUAUACUCAAUGAACUGUCCGAGAUUUUGGCUUCUGACUCUUCUCCUCUUGUGGAUCUGCCUCGAUUGAGGAAAUUGUGUUCUCGAGGCAUACCCGACCAGCCGCCGUGGCUGCGCCCACGGAUAUGGAAGCUCUUCUUUGACGUUCUUCCUGUUUUAAAAUCAUCGUGGAGCAAGGAAAUAGGCAAUCAACGCAAGAGUUAUUAUGCUUUAGUCCGUCGACUCCUGGAACCAUUGAACGUACCCGAGCCCCCUUCAACACCACUUUCUGCUCUAGAUACGGCUUUAGAGAAUGUUUCCAAACAAUUGGCUCGCGUACCUCCAGACCUCUUUGUCUGUCUUGUGGAGGAACCAGAAUCUUCUCCGUUAUGUCCAUUGGAUGAUUUGUGUCCUGAAGAAACGAGAAUAUUCUGUGCAAGCAAUUUGGAUCGUCGGUUGGAAGCAAUCAAAACUGUUCAUUUCCCUUCAGCCUCAAUGGGCAUUCCUGAGAUUCGUCUUGAAUCCGAAGCGGAGACGCCUGCAAUCGAGGAUUCCCAGAAAGGAGCCUUUUCAAUACGGCGGUCGAAUGUACCUUCCACCUUAUUCGUAUCGAGGUCGUUAAGUGAAGGAAAGGUCCAUUCAAAGCACAUGUCAGCUCUACGACGCCUUCUUUACAUUCAUUCCUCCAUUAAUCCCGGAAAUUUGUCCCCCCACAUUCCAACGUUACUUGUUCCUCUGUAUUCUGUCCUCGUGCAAGAGAUAGAACCGGAAGACAUUGCUCACGCUGAGGCUGAUACAUUUUGGCUGUUUGAAGCUGUUGUUGGGGAGUUCUCCGAACUGGAAGACGAAGAAGGAAGCGGCGUAUGGAUGAAGAAAUUGGGAGACCGAUUAGCAUGGGCAGAUGCGGAUCUUCACUACAGCAUGGAAAGCAAAGGAUUGAGUCCUGCCUUGCCCCAUUUCUCGUAUCGAUGGCUUGCUCCUCUAUUGACCCAGACGCUAUCCUACAGCUCAGUUCUCGUUGCUUGGGACGGCAUCUUUUCCCGCGAGGCCCGACAACGAGAUGUCAAUCCCAGACUUGACUUUCUUAUUGAUAUCUGCACCGCAAUGCUCACUCGCGCACGAGUUGCGUUGUUUCGAUUGGGAAAGAGUGGCCACCGAUCUCCAGGUCUAUGGGCACAGGAGGUUGAAACUGUGCAGCCUCCUUCUCCCCUACAUCCUUGGGAACUUAGCGAUGCCUUUGUUGAGGGAAUGACACUUCUGCAACAUUAUCCAAUUGCGUCUGCUGGGGGCAUUGAUACCAUAAUGCAGGCGGCUUUGGACCUGUUACACAAACGGGAGGAGGAGUCGAAAGCUGCGAAAGAUGAUAAACUGAGUCUGGGUGCUCGUAUCAGAGUGACGAUGUGGAAGGGCUUCACGAAUCAGGUACCAUCUCCGGAAAGGUCGCCUAAUGUAUCGGACAGCGAGGACGAGCCUUUUCUUGAUGAUGGCAAUGAGACCGAGGGACCCACCGAAGGUCUCAAUUCUGGUAUUACAUCGCGCUUGGCUUCUACGGUGUGGAGAGGUAUUACAAAUCAAUCAUCCAUGGAGCCGCCACCAUCGCCAAUUUCCCCUGCGACUCCUUCGUCCCCAUUGCCGACCUCAGCUUCACUCUCACCUGCGACAGCAGAGGAAAAGACACCUUCAAUUUCCUACUUCCCUGCAUCUGUACGAUUAUGGGGUUAUGCCGAAAAAGUGAAGGACUCGGACACUGCUGCUGCGCUUGCGAAAGUUAGCACCAACUGGCGAGCCAAGGCUUUAGCAGGGUCCUGGGGCGCUCGAAAAAAAACUCCCAGUGCAAUCGUUGAAAACACACCGCGUUUUCAAGAUGGUGGGUCUCCCAAGAACGUUGAUGGACCACGACGUUCUUUACCUGCUCCUGACCGUUCAGGCGUAUACUCCCCACCUACCCGACCUUCCUAUUUCCGUCCACCGCGUGAUAGUAUCGUCUUUCCCGAGGGACUUGGUGCUGCCCUUUCUGUUCCCAAUAGUCCAGCUCGCGAAGCCACACCUGAGAGCACACCCUCUUUGAUAAACAGAACAAAGAAUCUUCAAGCCUCAUUAUCUUCCUUAACUCGUGGUCAAUCGACGCCAAAAUCGGGACCGCGUCCGUUGCUUCUCAAUUCCUCUUCUCUAAUCACUAGUCGAACCAGCAAUCGCCCACCUUCAGUCACUUCUCAGCCUGGAGCUGAUGAAUGGAGCGAUGUCCGGAGAGCAAAAGGGCAGCGUGCGGUCCACAGAGAAUCUCAAUCUUCAGUUUCAUCCCUCUCAGCAUCAGAUGCCCUUCUGAGAGCUACUCGUUCAGACAACGAAUCUGAUACAGGAGGCUCCAGUAGACGAAUUCCUCUGAAUCGGAGAUCUGUGUCACCUAUGGCUCCAACCUUCAGAGUUCCAUCUUCACGCCACGCGUCAAUUUCAUCAGCAACAGCUUCUCCGGACCGAAACAUUCAAAUACUUUCUUUUAGUUCCCAAGGAGAGACUGUACUCAAAUCUAGUGAUGCCAAUGGUUGGGGUCGAGCCGAUUCAGCCGAUUCCCCUCCCUUGUCCUCCCCUCCACCUCCAAAAACACCCACCAAUGUUUUACUUCAUGACAAUGGGCCAAGUGUCACCGACCCUUCUGCCCCUAACGAUUCUUUCGAUAUCAUUCCGCUAGAACUUCCACCCCAACCGAAAAAAAUUGUUCGGAAAAAGACUCCUCCACCCAUUCAUUAUGUAGACGACACAUCGGACUCAUCGGUCAUAGAUGCACCUUCUCGAAGUUCAAAAGUGCGCACCCGGCGACGCCAGCCAUCUCGCCCCCCCACUCUUCGCAUUCGGGAUACUACGCGUAGCCAAAGCCAGCCAGAUCAGAUUGGGGAUUCGUUGAGCAUAGAGUGGCCUAAAGAGGAUAUUGUCUACACUCCGAGAGCGUCGAGCUUUGAAGGGGAUGAUAUCCCAUCAACAACAAAGGCUCGAAGACCACGAAAGGUUUCCUCAGAUGGAAAUGGGGAAAGUAACGAAGGAAGGACGAGAAAGUUCUCUACUGAAUCUCGCACCAGGAAGGUGUCAACUGAUACUGCCAGGGCAGCGAGACGAACAAGAAAUAGUGCUGCUGAGGAAGGAGAUGACGAGGGCUAUGAUGACCUCCUCAGUGCCUAUGAAAGCGAAGAGUGUACUCAACUUGCUUGACCAUUGAUUGCAUUGAUGUCUGGAACAUCCUUCGGACAAUUUAAUUUUCUGCUUUAAAAAGCAUGCUUAUACCCAGGUAUAAAUACGUUGGUCUAAUUUAUGAUGCAUUUGACAAUACACCAUGAACACUUUUGUAAAUCUCCAGAAGGACAGGAAAUUGUGG